UUGCAAUGCACUUGACCAAAGCAUUACAGAAGAGAGACACGACCAGAUCUCUCUGCUUCUCUGCACAGCUAAAAUGAGGGUCUUCAAAAGCAACGAGCAGCUCUGUAUUGUAUUAGUUAUUAUGUGUUUAACUUCAGUGACUUCUCACAAGAAGACGGGCUGCAUUCAAGUGAAUCACUGUAAGUAUAUCGUGAAUGACGGCUCGGGAGUGAUCGACCUGGCGGCCCUGGGCGACUCGGAUGGCUUUCUGGUGAGGUAUGGAAAGGUGCCCGCCGCGGACGUGUCUGAGGGUUCCGAGAUUCUGGUGUCCUUCAGCCCGUGUCACCCCUUCAGCGAGCCCGUCGCGGAGAUCGCUGCCACAGAGUGCCUGGACGUGGCUGUGUGCCUGAUAGUCAGACAUCACGCUGGUACAGGGCAGGCCCGCAGCUACCUAAACUUCGGAAGACACGAGGGAGGCGAGUUUAAUUACAGCAACCAAACGCAAACCCUCUCUGUGACUUACCCCGCCUUGUACAGGAGCUCGACAAAGACCAUGGUUCACUACCGCUGCAGCGGCAACCGCUCAGUCUCUUACUCCCAGGUCUUGUCCAGCCCCGACGCGUUCGAGAUCUUCGUGCAGAGCCCCUGCGCCUGCCCCAACCGCUGCUACCUGGAGGACGUGGGGCCCGGAACCAUCAUACUAAUCAUCCUGUGUCUCGCUGCCGCUGCUUAUUUCAUACUGGGGUCCUGUGCGCUCCGGCCCAUCAGAACUCCCAACGGAAUCCAGAUCGUCCCCGAAGAGAACAUGUGGUGCGUUUUGUGCUAUGCCUUCGCGGAGAAGCAGGGGCGCAAGCGUCGGAAGAGCUACUGCUUGAAGGGGGACACGUUUUGAAGCAGCACUGGCCGAGGCGGCCUAAUGCUUUCUUAGCCAACCCUCCCACCCCCCCCUCCUUAUUAUACACACACUUUGCAAUAACAUGCAAAGCACAUUUCUAUGCAAGUAAUCUUAAUGGGAAUGUUGGAAAUAGAAACAGCUUCUCUGUCUCUGUCUAUUUAAAAAGGGGUAGAACAGGGGUCUUACUAAAGGUGUUUCAGCUUUAAGGUAAACGAUCACAAAAGCAAUACCAUUGAUCGUCUGUCGUCAAGACUAUUAACACAACAGGAUUAAGGAUUAUUGAGUGUGCUGGUGCGUUGGAAUUAGUGAUACAAUAAAUACAAUAAUAAUAAAAAGACCACACGUUUUAAUUGAGGUACGAAAAGAUAUCUUUAUUUUCCCCAAAAUAUUACAUGUAUACUGUUCCAAUCUAGAAUAGGAAACACUGAAAUAUGUAAAUACAAAUAUACUUUUCAAAUCAGAUACAGUACAAUGCUCCACCUUACCAGGGAAUUUGAUUUGAACAAGAUAAACCUGCUUUAAACAAAAUAGAAAAUAAAAACAAAGCCUUCGGAGCAAUUCAAAUUUUUUUGUUCUAAACCUUUAUUAACCAAAAAAAACAACAAACUUUGGAGUAUCAUAAAAAUAUAUUUUUUAUACAUUCUGGUUCUAUCCAUUCCUGGUAAGAAUUAUAGAAUUCUGUGUUGCAGUUUUUUUUUUUUGGUUAAAUUUAAUUCUGUAUUUAUUAUUUAUUCUGGAGUUAGACACAUUAUUAAUAUCCAUCUUACUUGGGAGUCCCAGACUCCUGUGCAUAGCUUGAAUCCCUUUCCAGAAAGAAAAAAAAAAAAUGAACAGAUUUUAAACUUGUCAAGUGCUGUUGGAAUGGGCAUCAUACAGUCUGGAGUUUUCAGAAAACAGACUCGUGCAAAUGUGUGUCAAAGCAAGCCCAUUGAGUGAACUGGUCAUUAUUCUUCCACCCUACAAUAUAGUGUGUUGUAUCCAUGCCACGCAUACAACAGUGCCAUCAGCUACAAACCCAUACAAAUUGUGACGUCACUGUAGCUACCUGUGAUAUUGAAACACCUGGGACUGGACUACAAAACCACUGUAAAAUCAGCGAGGGUGGAACGCUACAGCAAUUCUCCAAUACUUUCUUGUAUUUUAAUAUUGCACAAUAUUAUUGAUCAGCCUUAACUUAAAAUAGGUUU